AGAAAAAGGAAAGGAAAAAAAAGAAAAAAAAAAAACUAGAGAGAGAAAGAGGAGAGAGACGAAGGGAGAGAGAGAAGGCACUUUACCACUUUUAUAUGUUGCACGCAUCCAAAUAGCAGAAAACAGAGGGAAGACAAAAUACUCCAAAUACACCAGAAGAAGAGAGGGAAAGAAAACCCCAUCAAAACUUAACCACAGAAGAAGAAGAUGACGAUUCCGUAAAUGGGUCUUUAAAGAAUUGAGAGAACAGGAAGAACAAACCAAAAAAAAAAAAAAUUUGAGCUUUUCAUAUAGAGAGAGGGGCUGAAGUAUCAGAAGAAGAAGGAAGAAGAAGCUGAAGCAGCUAAGCUAAGGGUGUGUAUGCUGAAAUAGCCAAAGCUCUAAGACUUUUAGACCUCAAAAAAAUCUGUUCUGUGUUGUAAUUGUUUUUGUUAUAGUGGGUUUCUCUUUGGUUACUCUCAAACUCAUGGUUGUAAAAAAUUUUCGAAAUUAAAGCCAUAUUUGUGUUGUUCUUGUGGUUAGGAAAUCUGUAAAAAGAAAAAAAAAGAAAAAAAGAAAAAAAGAAAAAAAAAGGGAGGGUGGGUUUUUCUUUUUCUUGAAAACUGGAGGUUUUUGGGUUUGUGUGGGUAGACUUGUUGUUAUUGGUUGAUUUAGAUGAAGGCCAUGCCCUUACCCUUUGAGGAGUUUCAAGGGAAGGGGGUGUUAGAUUUCUCUCCGGCGUCAGAUUCAUUAUUGGCAUCACAGCAACAACAACAACAACAGCCACAAAAGUGGAAAACCACAGAGCAAGAGAAUUGCUAUGUGGGCAGUGAGCCCACCUCUGUUCUCGAUACUAGAAGAAGCCCAAGUCCCCCAACAUCCUCCUCAACACUGUCUUCCUCUCUCGGCAGCGGCGGCGGCGGCGGAAACGGUGGUGGCAGCGGCUCCACCGACACCACCGGCGUGGCGGCAGUAGCGGUCUCUGGAAACCCUUCUUCACGCGCUGCUCCACUAGAGGAAGAAAAAUGUGGGCUCGGAAUGGAAGACUGGGAGAGUGUCUUGUCUGAGUCACCAGGUCAAGAUCAGUCCAUUCUGAGAUUGAUAAUGGCGGAUGUUGAAGACCCAUCUUUGGGAUUGAACAAGCUCUUGCAGAGUGGGAGUGGCUCCCAGGAUAUGGAAUUUAAUGCGGGUUUUGGGGUUGUGGAUCAAGGGUAUGGGUUCGAACCGAAUAGCGGCAAUUUGGUGAACAACAACAACAUUAUUGAUCCAUCUCUACAGGCAACCUCUUGUUCUGAUUUUCCUUUCAACCCCACCCCAAACAAUGUUCAUAGCAACAAUGCAAGGCUUAGUCCGUUGGGUUCUGUCUCCAACCCCAGUCCAAGUCCCAUCUUCUCUGCUUCAGCUAACAAUCCUUUGCCCGUUUCGCUCGCUCCUGUUGUUUUCCAUCAACAACAGCACCCACAACUGGUCGAAGGUGGGGAUGAGAAGCCUCAGAUUUUCAAUCCCCAGGUUGUGAUUAAUCAACACCAAGCGCAGUUUGCCCAGAACCCAGCUCUGUUUAUGCCUUUGACGUAUGCUCAGCUGCAAGAGCACCACCUUCUUUCACCCCCACCGGCGAAGAGGCUGAAUUCCGGUAAUACCGGAGCCAAUUAUCAGCUGCAGAGGGUUCAAUUUCCGAAUUCGGGGCAAGAAUUAUUUGUCCGGGGACAACAACAGCAGCUACAAUUGCUCCCUCAGCAUCUUCAUCAUCAACAGAGGCCAACGAUGGCGGCGACGAAACAGAAAAUGGUAGGCCCCGCAGCAGCAGGGGGCGAUGAAUUGAUGAACCACCAGCUUCAGCAAGCGAUGAUUGACCAGCUAUCCAAGGCCGCAGAGCUGAUCGAAACUGGAAACCCCGUCCUCGCGCAAGGGAUAUUGGCGCGGCUCAAUCACCAGCUCUCUUCUCCCAUUGGUAAGCCAUUCCAACGGGCUGCUUUCUAUUUCAAGGAGGCCUUGCAAACGCUCCUCCAUAUGAAUACCACCAACCCAUUGGCUUUGUCUCCCUUUAGUCUCAUUUUCAAAAUUGGGGCUUACAAAUCUUUCUCUGAAAUCUCACCGGUACUUCAAUUUGCCAAUUUUACUUGUAACCAAGCCAUCCUCGAAGCGGUGGAGGGUUUCAAUCGGGUUCAUGUUAUUGAUUUUGAUGUUGGGUAUGGUGGGCAAUGGCCGUCUUUUAUGCAAGAGCUUGCUUUGAGAAAUGGAGGCUCGGCAUCUCUUAAGAUCACAGCAUUUGUUUCCUCUUCAAUGCAAGAUGAAUUCGAGUUUGGUUUCACUCAAGAAAACCUGAAACAUUUUGCUAGUGAAAUUAACCUGGCUUUUGAGAUUGAGAUUAUAAGCCUUGAAGUGUUGAAUUCUGCUUCUUGGCCACUGCCAUUUCAUGUCUCGGAGAGUGAGGCGAUUGCUGUAAACCUGCCAAUUGGUUCCUUUUCGAGUUAUCCUUUAUCUCUUCCUUUGGUCCUUCGCUUUGUGAAGCAACUAUCUCCCAAAAUUGUGGUUUCUUUGGACAGAGGAUGUGAACGAAUGGAUGUGUCAUUUUCCCACCAAAUAAUUCAUGCUCUCAACACUUAUUCGGGCUUGCUUGAAUCGCUUGAUGCGGUAAAUGUUAAUCUCGACGCCUUGCAAAAGAUUGAAAGAUAUUUGUUGCAACCAGGAAUUGAGAAAGUUGUGAUGGGUCGCCACCGGUCUCCUGAAAGAACACCUCCGUGGAGAACUGUAUUUUUGACAUCUGGUUUUUCUCCUUUGACAUUCAGUAACUUUACAGAGUCUCAAGCUGACUGUCUAGUGCAGCGAACUCCGGUUCGGGGAUUCCAUAUCGAGAGGAAACAGUCUUCACUUGUUCUCUGCUGGCAGCGAAAGGAACUCAUCUCGGCCUCGGCUUGGAGUUGUUGAGAACCAGCAUUUUGUUAUUGGUUCUACCAAUUAAUUUUCGUCUUUGAAGUUGGAGGUGCUUCAUAACUCACUGUUUUAAAUUUUUCUAUCUUUUGGAACUUUUUUGUGUUUUAUUCUAUGCUAAUUGUCUAUCUUCUCUGUAGGCCUAUUAUUUCCAGUCAAGAAACCAAACCAAUUUAGUAACCUAAUGUUUCACAAAGUUGUUCAUACUUUUAAUUCUUGAGUUUCGUAAUUCAGAGUUGGGUAUUAAUGUUAUUGUGCUUUCUGGUUACUAUAUGUUGUAAAGUUUGGCAACAAGAAACUAAGAAAACAAAAAUUUAUCAUUCAAA